UUUGCCAUGUUACCUUCUUUGUGUUCCUCAAAUGGUUUCUUCAGUCCAGUUCCUGAAGUCAGAAGAUGACCUGGAGUGACCUCAUCCAGAGAAUAGUGGUCCUUUCUCUCACUGGACCUGGAAUGGUGGGGAACUUCCUCAUAGUUGUGAGACACGCACAGACUUUGGUCAUGGGUCCUGUGAAAAAAUCCACAGACCUUAUUCUCAUCCAUUUGGCUUUUUCAAAUAUUAUCAUCAUCUGUACCACAGGAAUGAAAGACAUAAUCACAGUCAUUUAUAUCAGCAACUUCCUACUAGGUGAGAUUGUUUGUAAAACUAUGAUUUACCUGAAUAGGGUGGCCCGAAGUCUCUCCAUCUGCACCACCUGCCUCCUCAGUGUAGUCCAGGCCAUCACCAUCAGUCCCAGGAACACCUUGUGGAGAAAGCUGAAACCACACACUGCAUGGCAGGUUCUUCCCUACCUCCUCUGCUUCUGGGUCUUUAGCUUUCUCAUCAGCUCUAACUUUCUUUUUUAUAUCACAGCAGUUAACAGCAUGAAUGAGUCUAGUGUUAGAAUCUACAUUGAACAUUGCUACAUGCUGCCAGCUCCACAAGUGGUCAGAUGGCUCUUCCUGUGCCUCAUGGCUCUUCGUGACCUCACCUUCCAGAGUCUCAUGGGCUGGAGCAGUCUGUACAUGGCUCUCCAUCUGUACAAACAUCACAAGCGUGUCCUCUACCUUCAGAGCUCCUGGUGUGCCAAAUAUCCCAGCCCAGAGAUCAGAGCUACUCAGAGUACUCUCAUUCUCAUGACCUGUUUCCUGUUCUUUUAUUGGGCAGAUUUCAUUUUGUCCUUCUACAUAGGGUUCACUCUGACACAGAUUUUCACAAUAUCCAAUGUUAAACUAUUUCCAGAAUUUGGUUUUGCCAGUCUAAGUCCCUGUGUCCUGAUGGGCCGACAAUUUCACCUUGCUAAAUGCUUGAGGGCUCAGUGA